UAAGAGGUGUUGGGCUGUGUAGUCAUGAAGCUGAACAUCUCUUACCCGGCCACCGGCUGCCAGAAACUCAUCGAAGUGGACGAUGAACGCAAACUUCGUACCUUCUAUGAGAAGCGGAUGGCAACCGAAGUUGCUGCUGACGCUCUGGGAGAAGAAUGGAAGGGCUAUGUGGUCCGGAUCAGUGGAGGCAACGAUAAGCAAGGUUUCCCCAUGAAGCAGGGGGUCUUGACCCAUGGUCGGGUCCGACUGCUGCUGAGUAAGGGGCAUUCCUGCUAUAGACCACGGAGGACCGGUGAAAGAAAACGCAAGUCUGUUCGUGGCUGCAUUGUGGAUGCCAAUUUGAGUGUUCUCAAUUUGGUCAUUGUCAAGAAAGGGGAGAAGGAUAUUCCUGGACUCACUGAUACUACCGUGCCUCGGCGUCUUGGACCCAAAAGAGCUAGCAGAAUCCGCAAACUUUUCAAUCUCUCAAAAGAAGAUGAUGUCCGUCAGUAUGUUGUGAAGAAGCCUCUAAAUAAAGAAGGUAAGAAACCUCGGACCAAAGCACCCAAGAUUCAGCGUCUUGUUACACCUCGUGUCCUGCAACAUAAACGUAGGCGUAUUGCAUUAAAGAGACAGCGCACCAAGAAAAACAAGGAAGAAGCUUCAGAUUAUGCUAAACUGUUGGCUAAGAGAAUGAAGGAGGCAAAAGAGAAACGCCAGGAGCAGAUUGCCAAGAGACGGAGGCUGUCUUCUUUGAGAGCUUCUACUUCUAAGUCUGAAUCUAGUCAAAAAUGAGUUCUGCGUAAUGAAUAAAUAAAGUCAGACAUCUUUUAUUUAAAAAAAAAAA